AUGUCUUUUACCGUCGACUCGGAGUCGGAAACUGACUCGCUGUGUCGAUCCGCAGACUCGGAGUCGGAGACGAGCGGCCGGGUGACGCCCAUCUUCCAGACUCAGGUGCGCUUUGGGCGCGCUGAAGUGCCGGCGGCUCCGGCCGCUGACGGCCCCGGGCCGGCGGCUCCGGCCGACAGGGCCGACCGCAGCCCGGACGAGCCGGGCGGUCCGCCGGACGGUCCGCCGCCGCCGCUCGGUCACCCGGACAGCCCCCAGUACUUCAUCAGGAGAAACAUCGAGCUGGCCCAGGAGGCCGGCGGCGCGCUGGCCAUGACGGACGAGGAUCGCCGCCGGGUGGAGCAGCUGCUGGACCAGGACGACGACCGGCUGGAGAACGCCUUCAGCGUCGACGAGCAGCACCGCCGGCUGCUCAGCUCGCUCGACGACCGACUCAGCAGUCUGGGGCUGGGCGCCAGUGUAGCCGGCCCGGCCGGCUCCACGUCCCUGGUCAGCCAGCCGGCUGGCGUCGGUCCGCCGACCGACGGCGGCGGCGACUCGGAGCCCGACUACCUGCAGGCCAGCCGGCACGACCGGGAGGCCAGCGCGCACCUGGAGACGCUGCACCGCCGCCUCCAGCGGCUGGCCGAACCCGCGGAGGUGCGCCCCCUGGACCGCUCUGCCGUGGACGCUAUGGUCCAGGAGACGAUCGCGUCGCUGGCGGCGGCUCCGGGCGGCCUGGGCGACCCGGGCGCCGGCUCACUGGUCUCGGUGCCGUGCCGGGGCUCGGACGGCGGCGGCGCGCCCAGCGAGGCGCCCACAGAGGCCACCCUGGACGUGCGCUCCGUGCUGAGCGGCACGCGACUGGACGAGAACGAGCGGCAGCUGGCGGCCGAGCUGCGGCCAGACUCGCCCACCGCCUGGCUGGUGGCCGUCAGCCAGGGAGACCAGCGGCUGCAGCUGGUGGUGCCGCGGCUGAGCCGAGCGCUGAUCGCGUCCCUGCUCUCCGGCGACCACGAGACCGGCGCAGACGUCACCGCCGGCGGCCACUGCCACCACGAGACGGGCGCAGACGUCACCGCCGGCGGCCACUGCCACCACGAGACCGGCGCAGACGUCACCGCCGGUUCGCCGACACUGGUCCACGACUGACGGAUUGGACUGGUGAACUGACGGACUGGACUGGUGGGACUGGUCCGGGACUGACGGACUGGACUCAUGUACUGGACUGAUGGGCUUACAACGACUGACCGACUGGUCCUAGACCGACGGAUCAAACUGACGGACCGGUCUUACGCUCGACUUACGGGGACGAAUGGAAUGGACUAAUGGACUGACGGACCGACAGACUGACCCGGGACUGAUGGACUGGUCCGGGACUGACUGACUGGACUGGUGGACUGGACCGGUACUGACGGACUGGUCGCACUGGCGGUCAGCCCGGGGUGUGACGGGACUGGCGGACGUGCUGUUCAUCGGUGCGGGCUGACGACUGGCGACUGCGGGCGGAGCGCGCCGAGCCGAGAACGGACACCAGUCCGGUCUACGGCGGCAGUUCGGACUGGCGGUCAGCUGACGAAUGAGUCUGUAGCCGGAGACUGGUCAGAGUCGGGUCAGACUGAUGGACUGACGUGUCUGACAUUGUCAGUGUGUCUGGGCGGGAGAGGGACGCGCAGCGGACAGCUCGAGUUGCUUUAGGUGAUCUCGGUUAGGUGCUAUAAAUUUAUGUCCUGUACGUACUGUUGAUGCUUGGGACACUGUAUAACACCGUAUAUACGUGUUGGAAGGUCACAUUGCGUUUCGCGGUUUAGGACAUGCAGACAUUUCUAGUCAUCUGGACUGGUCAGUGGUCAUUUCUAUCGUAAAUUGUUCGGCAACGAGCGCGUCGUAUCAAUGCGGCUGGUGACACAUUGUUCUGCCAGCCUUACCAUACACACCUGAAAAAGAAUAGGUAUAUGAGGCCUUAUAAUAAAUGGUUUUCAGA